AUGAAAUGCUUUUUUGUUUCUGUAUUUUAUUGCUUACUGAUUAUUGUUAUCAGUAAACAAGCAAUAACAGAUAAGGAUGGAAAAGCUGCUGAUAUAAGAGCAAAUUUAACAACACUCAUUCAUGUUCAUGCAAUGUGGCGACAUGGUGAUCGUACACCGAUAAAUUUACUUCCAAAUGAUAACAAAGAAUCAUGGGAAAUUGGCUUAGGUGAAUUAACAGUUGAUGGCAUCUGGCAAGCAUAUCAUCUUGGCAAAUUGCUUAGACAACGAUAUGAUGGAUUUUUGAGUAAAACUUUCAAAACUUCAGAGAUUUACGUAAGAAGCACAGAUAUUAACCGUACGUUAAUGACAGCUAAUGCUGUCCUUCAAGGCUUAUAUCCACAAACAUAUCACAGUGAUAAUUUAUCAUCAGUAUGGCAUCCAAUACCAGUGCAUACCGUACAGGCUGAAAACGACAAACAAUUGCUUCAACAAGACUGUCCAAAGGUGAAAGAAGAGCUAAAAGAAGUACUUAGAACGAAAACAGUGCAAGAUAUGUUAAAGAUGAAUGAAGGAUUUUUACGAUAUAUCGGUAAACAUAUGAAUGUAGAAAGUGGAUAUUACGAUUUUGAAAAUAUUUGGCUUGUUUACGAUUCACUUAAAGUUAUUACUUGUCAUAAGGAUAAACAUCAAUUUCCAAAAUGGGUUAAUGAAACUGUAUGGAAUAAAAUCUCAGAAAUGUUUAAUUUGUGGGGUCAAUAUGAAUACAGCACCGAUUUGUUGAAAAGACUUCAAGGAGGCGAAUUAUGGAAGGAAAUUUUUGCAAGACUUAAUAAUUUAAUGAAAGAACAUUCAACAUGGAAGCAAAAGAUGUAUGCAUAUUCAGCGCAUGAUGAUACAUUAGCAGUACUGCUAAGUAUGUUUGGUAUGAAGCUUACAGCUUAUCCUCCAUAUGCUGCUCUUGUAUUACUUGAAACGCAUCAAAUUGAUAAUCAAUUCAUUCUUCAGCUUUACUACAAAAAUGUCACCGAUUCCAAUCAAAUAUAUCAUUUUCCAAUUGCCUAUUGUGAUAAAAUAUGUACAGUGGAAAAUUUGGAAGUAGCAACAAGUAAUUUUAUUCCACUCAAUUGGAAAAUGGAAUGUGAUCCGUUCGUUUUGUACAGGAAAAUGAGUACUUUUGGAUUGUUUAUAUCAGUGAUUAGCAUUGUGGCGGUAAUUUCUUGUCAAAUAUUGAAGUCACAUUUAAUGAAACGAAAAAUAUAUGGCGACCGAACAGUUCUUCCAUCUGAUGCUGAUGUAGCACUUUUAAGAGAGGAUGUCAUACGAUAA